AGACUCCCCAGAGCUCACUGUUUAGGCAGUAUAGCUAAUUACUGACCACUGGCUCCAGUGGGAGACCCUGUCUCAAAAGACAAGAUGCAAUGUGAUGAAGAAAGAUGCCUGAAAUUGACCUCUAGCUUCUACAAGCAAAUAGACACACACACAUACACACACAAUUUUUGUAUCUUUUAUUUUUUACAGUGUUAAUAAUAAUAAAGUGGUUUGGCCGGGCAGUGGUGGCGCAUGUCUUUAAUCCCAGCACUCGGGAGGCAGAAGUAGGGGGAUCUCUGUGAGUUUGAGGGCAGACUGGUCUACAGAGUGAGAUCCAGGAUAGGCACCAAAACUACACAGAGAAACCUUGUCAAUAAUAAUAAUAAUAAUAAAGUGAUUUGAAAAACUGUGAAAUAUUAUAGUUGACAUAACUAUAAAAUCAGAAUAGGGAAAUAGCUCAGCCAGUAACAUGCUUGUCUCACAAGCAUCAAGACCAGAGUUCGAACUCUAGAGGAAGAAUACUGAGUGUGAUCGAGCAUGUUCGUAACCCCAGCUCCCUGGAAAGGAAGACAGGAGGAACCCUAGCUAGCCAAUCCAGGUUAAUGGUGAGUUCCAGACCAUUGAAAGAUCCUGUCUCAAAGAAGGUGAAAGAAACAUUGAGACGAGGCUUAGUGACACAUGCUUUUAAUCCCAGCACCAGGAAAGCAGAGAUAAAUAGAUCUCUACAAGUUUAAGACCAGCCUGAUUUAUGUAGCAAGUUCCAGCUAGGGCUACAAAGUGAGAUCCUGUGUCAAGAAAACAAGAAAAUGGAAGAUGGAUGGCAUUACUGAAGAUGACACCUAAAUUUGUCUUCUGGCCUACACACACACACACACACACACACACACACACACACACACACGGACCCAUGCAUUCACACAUUAACUUGAAAAUCAUGGACAAGUUAUGAUUCUCUCUUGAGUAAUACUGGAAACAUUUCUUACAGAAAGGCCAAAGUUAAUUGUGAAGAAUAGCAACUCAGUAGAUAGAUACUGCUAAAAGGUAAUCUAAGGGGGAAAAAAGAUGAAAUAGCAUGAUAUAUUGAAGUCAUUAACUCCAGAUGGACAUAAAAGUAAAUAUAUAUGUAUAGAAACAAUGGAACUUAAGAGAAGCCACAGGCAAGAUCAUGAGGGACCUAGAGAACAUAUGCUUCUUGCUAUGGUUACAUGGUAGUUAAAAUGAAAGUGACACUCACGAAUAGUUGUAAGUUAGAUAAGUUGAGUUAGACAAACAGAUGAAAAGAAGAGCCUCUCUACAGCCACUACUGACUCACAAGAGGUGAUAAAAUCAUGGCUGGAAACUCUUACAUAAAACUAGUUUGAAAUGGGUGCAUCUGACUAAGUGAUAUUUCAGGUUUCUUCUAAACAUCAAAUUCCAUGAUUUUUUGACAUUUAAGUUCUCAUGUCAUUCCAUUGAACGUCCUUUAAAGUAUAAUGCUGACUGUCAAUGCGGCAUUACAUAGUUGGGUGCACACACACACACACACACACACACACACACACACACACACACACACAAUUAAAAAAAUUAAAAAAGAAAAACCUUUCUGCAAAGUGUCCUGGGAGUCUGACAGGUGGGGCUGAUACUAGCCCAGAUUUGGGAACUGCUAUUGCAAUCUCAAGUUAACAUGUAAGGAAGUAAGAAGGUAAACACCUGGGAGGUGCAGAUGGAGAAGGAGCUGGACUUGUUUAGGAGUGAACUAGGACAUCUCAAAGAAAGCAACUCCUCCCUAAAAUGGACCAUCAUUGUCUCUAUAAAAAGGCCAGUGUUUCCAAUGAGCAGCACCCUGCAAGCAACAUCAAUCUCUGUCCUGCUGUUCCUCUGGUGACUUAGGUAAGUGAGCAGUUUCAGUUCUACUCAGUAUUUAGGUCUAUUAAAUACUAAAGUAAACAUUACACUCGUAAGCUUAUUUUUUUAGUAAAUUAUGGUGAACUUUGAUAUAAAACCACACUGUUUAUAGUACCUAUUUGAUAUCUUUCCUUAAGAGUUUAGGAACCUAGUAAGCCCUGGCAGUUUGUCUCUUUUUCUCCCUGCAGUAUAAGCAGAAAGCCCUGAGGAACAGCCCUACAUGAAGAAUGAAAACAUUCUUCUGAUAGGCGCUUCCUCGGCUCCUAUCACCUAACACUGUGGUUGGCUUGGCUCAUUUUUCCUACUUUAUUUAUCCUGGAAAAAUUUUGAGAAUCCAAGUCAGCCACUAGGUAUCUUUGGGUAGAUUUAGGCAUACUAUAUAGAGGAUAUGUCUGUCCCCUAUAGUGCGAUGGUUGAGACCUAGAAAGCAACUAAGGAGUUGAUGGAUGAGCACAUUCAGGUUUGCUAUAGCUUAAGAAUAAAUCAGGGAGCCCAACACAGAAAGUAUCCCCUGCAUUCAUUCAGGAAUUGAAGUAAGACAUAGGGCUUUUGCUCUAAUUUCAUCACUCUCUUGCUACAUAUCUGGAACAAGUUAUUCAACUCCAGAUUCAUUCUCAAUUAGUACAGGAAGAAAAUUAAUCAUGCCCGAUAAUUACUGCAAAUGACUUGAAGUAUUUAUGUGUUUCAGCAUUAAGAGAUGGAUCUCUUGUUCCCCCAUCUAGGUUAACUUCAAUUUACAACAAGAUGCCUAAACUCCUGCAAGGCAUUGUCACGGUCAUCGAUGUUUUCUACCAAUAUGCCACUGAACAUGGGGAAUGUGACAUGUUGAGCAAAAAAGAGAUGAAAGAACUUCUGGAAAAUGAGUUUCACCAAAUUCUGAAGAACCCAGAUGAUCCAGACACUGUAGAUAUCAUCAUGCAAAGUCUGGAUCAAGAUCAUAACAACAAAGUGGAUUUUACUGAGUAUCUUCUGAUGAUAAUCAAGCUGGCUCAGGCUUGUAACAAAAUUAUUGGCAAAGAUUACUGCCAAGCUUCAGGGUCAAAGCAGGGAAAUCACAGUCACCACCACCAAAAGGAACACAGUGAAAAAGACGAAGAUGACAAAGAGAAAGACGCCUCUUCAAGUUAUUCAAGUUCUAGUGCAGGAGAGAAUGAUGCUUAUUCCAGGGGCUCAAGAGGAAGCAAUAAACACAAGUCUACAAGGACCUCUAGAAAACCAAGGAAGGAGAAACACCAAAAUUCUGAAGAAAGGAUGAAAACAAACUCAAGUCAGUUAGAAAACAGUGACAAAUAUCAACAAGGUAAGCAUGAAUCUGGACCAACCCACUCAUCGAACCAGAGCAGAAGGAGUAUUAGAAAAAGGGAAGAUUCUGGCUACAGCCAAAAUGGCUCUACAUUAGAAGAGUCUGCUGGCUCCAGGAGACAAGGAUCUGGCCAACAUCACUCUUGUGGUAAUGGAAAACAUAAUAUUUCAUCUAGAGAAUCAUCACUCGGAGGCACAGGACAGUCUUCCAACUAUGAUACACAGAAAUCAGGAUCAAACCAGUCUUCCAGGCAGAGGACAAAUAACUGUGGGUCAGGACAAUCUUCUGGGUCACAAGAAUAUGGCUCUGGAUCAGAAACCCCUCCUGGCUCCACAGGACAAGAAUAUGGACAGGGUUACUCCUCUGGUUCUGGACAAUAUGGUGCUUCAUCAGGAGAGUAUUCAGGGAGUGGCCAGCAUGCUUCUGGUUAUAGUCAGUCUUCCAGCUCAGGCACACACUACUCAGGCACAAGCCAUACUUCUACCCAGAGGACACAUGGCUCUAGGUCAGGACAGUCUUGUGGUUCAGGUGAAUAUGGUUCUGCAUCAGGACAGUCUUCUGGCUCCACAGGACAAGGGUAUGGACAAGGUCACUACUCUGGUUCUGGACAUUAUGGUGCUUCAUCCGGACAGUCAUCAGGCUUGAGCUCAGGUCACUCCACUUCCCAUGGCACACAAGGAUCAGGAUCAAGCCAGGCAUCUAAGCAAAGGAGAAGCAGUUCUAGCUCUAGUGAGGCUUUUGGCUCCCAGCAACAUGGAUCUGGCUCAGGAGCGUCUUCUGGAUGUAGUCAACAUGGAUCUGGACAAGGUCAGUCUUCUAGUAGUAGGGAACAUGGUUCUUUGUCUGGACAGUCAUCAGGCAGUGGCCCGCAUGCCUCUCGUUAUGGUCAGUCUUCCAGCUCAGGCACACACUACUCAGGCACAAGCCAUACUUCUACCCAGAGGACACAUGGCUCUAGGUCAGGACAGUCUUGUGGUUCAGGUGAAUAUGGUUCUACAUCAGGACAGUCUUCUGGCUCCACAGGACAAGGGUAUGGACAAGGUCACUACUCUGGUUCUGGACAUUAUGGUGCUUCAUCCGGACAGUCAUCAGGCUUGAGCUCAGGUCACUCCAAUUCUCAUGGCACACAAGGAUCAGGAUCAAGCCAGGCAUCUAAGCAAAGGAGAAGCAGUUCUAGCUCUAGUGAGUCUUUUGGCUCCCAGCAACAUGGAUCUGGCUCAGGAGCGUCUUCUGGAUGUAGUCAACGUGGAUCUGGGAAAGGUCAGUCUUCUAGUAGUGGGGAACAAGGUUCUUUGUCUGGACAGUCAUCAGGCAGUGGCCCGCAUGCCUCUCGUUAUGGUCAGUCUUCCAGCUCAGGCACACACUACUCAGGCACAAGCCAUACUUCUACCCAGAGGACACAUGGCUCUAGGUCAGGACAGUCUUGUUGUUCAGGUGAAUAUGGUUCUGCAUCAGGACAGUCUUCUGGCUCCACAGGACAAGGGUAUGGACAAGGUCACUACUCUGGUUCUGGACAUUAUGGUGCUUCAUCCGGACAGUCAUCAGGCUUGAACUCAGGUCACUCCACUUCCCAUGGCACACAAGGAUCAGGAUCAAGCCAGGCAUCUAACCAAAGGAGAAGCAGUUCUAGCUCUAGUGAGUCUUUUGGCUCCCAACAACAACGAUCUGGCUCAGGAGCGUCUUCUGGAUGUACUCAACAUGGAUCUGGACAAGGUCAGUCUUCUAGUAGUGGGGAACAUGGUUCUUUGUCUGGACAGUCAUCAGGCAGUGGCCCGCAUGCCUCUCGUUAUGGUCAGUCUUCCAGCUCAGGCACACACUACUCAGGCACAAGCCAUACUUCUACCCAGAGGACACAUGGCUCUAGGUCAGGACAGUCUUGUGGUUCAGGUGAAUAUGGUUCUACAUCAGGACAGUCUUCUGGCUCCACAGGACAAAGAUGUGGACAAGGUCAAUACUCUGGUUCUGGACAUUAUGGUACUUCAUCAGGACAGUCAUCAGGCUUGAACUCAGGUCACUCCACUUCCCAUGGCACACAAGGAUCAGGAUCAAGCCAGGCAUCUAAGCAAAGGAGAAGCAGUUCUAGCUCUAGUGAGGCUUUUGGCUCCCAGCAACAUGGAUCUGGCUCAGGAGCGUCUUCUGGAUGUAGUCAACAUGGAUCUGGACAAGGUCAGUCUUCUAGUAGUAGGGAACAUGGUUCUUUGUCUGGACAGUCAUCAGGCAGUGGCCCGCAUGCCUCUCGUUAUGGUCAGUCUUCCAGCUCAGGCACACACUACUCAGGCACAAGCCAUACUUCUACCCAGAGGACACAUGGCUCUAGGUCAGGACAGUCUUGUGGUUCAGGUGAAUAUGGUUCUACAUCAGGACAGUCUUCUGGCUCCACAGGACAAGGGUAUGGACAAGGUCACUACUCUGGUUCUGGACAUUAUGGUGCUUCAUCCGGACAGUCAUCAGGCUUGAGCUCAGGUCACUCCAAUUCUCAUGGCACACAAGGAUCAGGAUCAAGCCAGGCAUCUAAGCAAAGGAGAAGCAGUUCUAGCUCUAGUGAGUCUUUUGGCUCCCAGCAACAUGGAUCUGGCUCAGGAGCGUCUUCUGGAUGUAGUCAACGUGGAUCUGGGAAAGGUCAGUCUUCUAGUAGUGGGGAACAAGGUUCUUUGUCUGGACAGUCAUCAGGCAGUGGCCCGCAUGCCUCUCGUUAUGGUCAGUCUUCCAGCUCAGGCACACACUACUCAGGCACAAGCCAUACUUCUACCCAGAGGACACAUGGCUCUAGGUCAGGACAGUCUUGUUGUUCAGGUGAAUAUGGUUCUGCAUCAGGACAGUCUUCUGGCUCCACAGGACAAGGGUAUGGACAAGGUCACUACUCUGGUUCUGGACAUUAUGGUGCUUCAUCCGGACAGUCAUCAGGCUUGAACUCAGGUCACUCCACUUCCCAUGGCACACAAGGAUCAGGAUCAAGCCAGGCAUCUAACCAAAGGAGAAGCAGUUCUAGCUCUAGUGAGUCUUUUGGCUCCCAACAACAACGAUCUGGCUCAGGAGCGUCUUCUGGAUGUACUCAACAUGGAUCUGGACAAGGUCAGUCUUCUAGUAGUGGGGAACAUGGUUCUUUGUCUGGACAGUCAUCAGGCAGUGGCCCGCAUGCCUCUCGUUAUGGUCAGUCUUCCAGCUCAGGCACACACUACUCAGGCACAAGCCAUACUUCUUCCCAGAGGACACAUGGCUCUAGGUCAGGACAGUCUUGUGGUUCAGGUGAAUAUGGUUCUACAUCAGGACAGUCUUCUGGCUCCACAGGACAAGGAUGUGGACAAGGUCAAUACUCUGGUUCUGGACAUUAUGGUACUUCAUCAGGACAGUCAUCAGGCUUGAACUCAGGUCACUCCACUUCCCAUGGCACACAAGGAUCAGGAUCAAGCCAGGCAUCUAACCAAAGGAGAAGCAGUUCUAGCUCUAGUGAGUCUUUUGGCUCCCAGCAACAUGGAUCUGGCUCAGGAGGGUCUUCUGGAUGUAGUCAACAUGGAUCUGGGCAAGGUCAGUCUUCUAGUAGUGGGGAACAUGGUUCUUUGUCUGGACAGUCAUCAGGCAGUGGCCCGCAUGCCUCUCGUUAUGGUCAGUCUUCCAGCUCAGGCACACACUACUCAGGCACAAGCCAUACUUCUUCCCAGAGGACACAUGGCUCUAGGUCAGGACAGUCUUGUGGUUCAGGUGAAUAUGGUUCUACAUCAGGACAGUCUUCUGGCUCCACAGGACAAGGAUGUGGACAAGGUCAAUACUCUGGUUCUGGACAAUAUGGUGCUUCAACAGGACAGUCAUCAGGCUUGAGCUCAGGUCACUCCACUUCCCAUGGCACACAAGGAUCAGGAUCAAGCCAGGCAUCUAAGCAAAGGAGAAGCAGUUCUAGCUCUAGUGAGUCUUUUGGCUCCCAGCAACAUGGAUCUGGCUCAGGAGGGUCUUCUGGAUGUAGUCAACGUGGAUCUGGGAAAGGUCAGUCUUCUAGUAGUGGGGAACAAGGUUCUUUGUCUGGACAGUCAUCAGGCAGUGGCCCGCAUGCCUCUCGUUAUGGUCAGUCUUCCAGCUCAGGCACACACUACUCAGGCACAAGCCAUACUUCUACCCAGAGGACACAUGGCUCUAGGUCAGGACAGUCUUGUUGUUCAGGUGAAUAUGGUUCUGCAUCAGGACAGUCUUCUGGCUCCACAGGACAAGGGUAUGGACAAGGUCACUACUCUGGUUCUGGACAUUAUGGUGCUUCAUCCGGACAGUCAUCAGGCUUGAACUCAGGUCACUCCACUUCCCAUGGCACACAAGGAUCAGGAUCAAGCCAGGCAUCUAAGCAAAGGAGAAGCAGUUCUAGCUCUAGUGAGUCUUUUGGCUCCCAGCAACAUGGAUCUGGCUCAGGAGGGUCUUCUGGAUGUAGUCAACAUGGAUCUGGGCAAGGUCAGUCUUCUAGUAGUAGGGAACAUGGUUCUUUGUCUGGACAGUCAUCAGGCAGUGGCCCGCAUGCCUCUCGUUAUGGUCAGUCUUCCAGCUCAGGCACACACUACUCAGGCACAAGCCAUACUUCUUCCCAGAGGACACAUGGCUCUAGGUCAGGACAGUCUUGUGGUUCAGGUGAAUAUGGUUCUACAUCAGGACAGUCUUCUGGCUCCACAGGACAAGGAUGUGGACAAGGUCACUACUCUGGUUCUGGACAUUAUGGUACUUCAUCAGGACAGUCAUCAGGCUUGAACUCAGGUCACUCCACUUCCCAUGGCACACAAGGAUCAGGAUCAAGCCAGGCAUCUAAGCAAAGGAGAAGCAGUUCUAGCUCUAGUGAGUCUUUUGGCUCCCAGCAACAUGGAUCUGGCUCAGGAGGGUCUUCUGGAUGUAGUCAACAUGGAUCUGGGCAAGGUCAGUCUUCUAGUAGUAGGGAAUAUGGUUCUUUGUCUGGACAGUCAUCAGGGAGUGGCCCGCAUGCCUCUCGUUAUGGUCAGUCUUCCAGCUCAGGCACACACUACUCAGGCACAAGCCAUACUUCUACCCAGAGGACACAUGGCUCUAGGUCAGGACAGUCUUGUGGUUCAGGUGAAUAUGGUUCUGCAUCAGGACAGUCUUCUGGCUCCACAGGACAAGGGUAUGGACAAGGUCACUACUCUGGUUCUGGACAUUAUGGUGCUUCAUCCGGACAGUCAUCAGGCUUGAGCUCAGGUCACUCCACUUCCCAUGGCACACAAGGAUCAGGAUCAAGCCAGGUAUCUAAGCAAAGGAGAAGCAGUUCUAGCUCUAGUGAGUCUUUUGGCUCCCAGCAACAUGGAUCUGGCUCAGGAGCAUCUUCUGGAUGUAGUCAACGUGGAUCUGGGAAAGGUCAGUCUUCUAGUAGUGGGGAACAUGGUUCUUUGUCUGGACAGUCAUCAGGCAGUGGCCCGCAUGCCUCUCGUUAUGGUCAGUCUUCCAGCUCAGGCACACACUACUCAGGCACAAGCCAUACUUCUACCCAGAGGACACAUGGCUCUAGGUCAGGACAGUCUUGUGGUUCAGGUGAAUAUGGUUCUACAUCAGGACAGUCUUCUGGCUCCACAGGACAAAGAUGUGGACAAGGUCAAUACUCUGGUUCUGGACAUUAUGGUACUUCAUCAGGACAGUCAUCAGGCUUGAACUCAGGUCACUCCACUUCCCAUGGCACACAAGGAUCAGGAUCAAGCCAGGCAUCUAAGCAAAGGAGAAGCAGUUCUAGCUCUAGUGAGGCUUUUGGCUCCCAGCAACAUGGAUCUGGCUCAGGAGCGUCUUCUGGAUGUAGUCAACAUGGAUCUGGACAAGGUCAGUCUUCUAGUAGUAGGGAACAUGGUUCUUUGUCUGGACAGUCAUCAGGCAGUGGCCCGCAUGCCUCUCGUUAUGGUCAGUCUUCCAGCUCAGGCACACACUACUCAGGCACAAGCCAUACUUCUACCCAGAGGACACAUGGCUCUAGGUCAGGACAGUCUUGUGGUUCAGGUGAAUAUGGUUCUACAUCAGGACAGUCUUCUGGCUCCACAGGACAAGGGUAUGGACAAGGUCACUACUCUGGUUCUGGACAUUAUGGUGCUUCAUCCGGACAGUCAUCAGGCUUGAGCUCAGGUCACUCCAAUUCUCAUGGCACACAAGGAUCAGGAUCAAGCCAGGCAUCUAAGCAAAGGAGAAGCAGUUCUAGCUCUAGUGAGUCUUUUGGCUCCCAGCAACAUGGAUCUGGCUCAGGAGCGUCUUCUGGAUGUAGUCAACGUGGAUCUGGGAAAGGUCAGUCUUCUAGUAGUGGGGAACAAGGUUCUUUGUCUGGACAGUCAUCAGGCAGUGGCCCGCAUGCCUCUCGUUAUGGUCAGUCUUCCAGCUCAGGCACACACUACUCAGGCACAAGCCAUACUUCUACCCAGAGGACACAUGGCUCUAGGUCAGGACAGUCUUGUUGUUCAGGUGAAUAUGGUUCUGCAUCAGGACAGUCUUCUGGCUCCACAGGACAAGGGUAUGGACAAGGUCACUACUCUGGUUCUGGACAUUAUGGUGCUUCAUCCGGACAGUCAUCAGGCUUGAACUCAGGUCACUCCACUUCCCAUGGCACACAAGGAUCAGGAUCAAGCCAGGCAUCUAACCAAAGGAGAAGCAGUUCUAGCUCUAGUGAGUCUUUUGGCUCCCAACAACAACGAUCUGGCUCAGGAGCGUCUUCUGGAUGUACUCAACAUGGAUCUGGACAAGGUCAGUCUUCUAGUAGUGGGGAACAUGGUUCUUUGUCUGGACAGUCAUCAGGCAGUGGCCCGCAUGCCUCUCGUUAUGGUCAGUCUUCCAGCUCAGGCACACACUACUCAGGCACAAGCCAUACUUCUUCCCAGAGGACACAUGGCUCUAGGUCAGGACAGUCUUGUGGUUCAGGUGAAUAUGGUUCUACAUCAGGACAGUCUUCUGGCUCCACAGGACAAGGAUGUGGACAAGGUCAAUACUCUGGUUCUGGACAUUAUGGUACUUCAUCAGGACAGUCAUCAGGCUUGAACUCAGGUCACUCCACUUCCCAUGGCACACAAGGAUCAGGAUCAAGCCAGGCAUCUAACCAAAGGAGAAGCAGUUCUAGCUCUAGUGAGUCUUUUGGCUCCCAGCAACAUGGAUCUGGCUCAGGAGGGUCUUCUGGAUGUAGUCAACAUGGAUCUGGGCAAGGUCAGUCUUCUAGUAGUGGGGAACAUGGUUCUUUGUCUGGACAGUCAUCAGGCAGUGGCCCGCAUGCCUCUCGUUAUGGUCAGUCUUCCAGCUCAGGCACACACUACUCAGGCACAAGCCAUACUUCUUCCCAGAGGACACAUGGCUCUAGGUCAGGACAGUCUUGUGGUUCAGGUGAAUAUGGUUCUACAUCAGGACAGUCUUCUGGCUCCACAGGACAAGGAUGUGGACAAGGUCAAUACUCUGGUUCUGGACAAUAUGGUGCUUCAACAGGACAGUCAUCAGGCUUGAGCUCAGGUCACUCCACUUCCCAUGGCACACAAGGAUCAGGAUCAAGCCAGGCAUCUAAGCAAAGGAGAAGCAGUUCUAGCUCUAGUGAGUCUUUUGGCUCCCAGCAACAUGGAUCUGGCUCAGGAGGGUCUUCUGGAUGUAGUCAACGUGGAUCUGGGAAAGGUCAGUCUUCUAGUAGUGGGGAACAAGGUUCUUUGUCUGGACAGUCAUCAGGCAGUGGCCCGCAUGCCUCUCGUUAUGGUCAGUCUUCCAGCUCAGGCACACACUACUCAGGCACAAGCCAUACUUCUACCCAGAGGACACAUGGCUCUAGGUCAGGACAGUCUUGUUGUUCAGGUGAAUAUGGUUCUGCAUCAGGACAGUCUUCUGGCUCCACAGGACAAGGGUAUGGACAAGGUCACUACUCUGGUUCUGGACAUUAUGGUGCUUCAUCCGGACAGUCAUCAGGCUUGAACUCAGGUCACUCCACUUCCCAUGGCACACAAGGAUCAGGAUCAAGCCAGGCAUCUAAGCAAAGGAGAAGCAGUUCUAGCUCUAGUGAGUCUUUUGGCUCCCAGCAACAUGGAUCUGGCUCAGGAGGGUCUUCUGGAUGUAGUCAACAUGGAUCUGGGCAAGGUCAGUCUUCUAGUAGUAGGGAACAUGGUUCUUUGUCUGGACAGUCAUCAGGCAGUGGCCCGCAUGCCUCUCGUUAUGGUCAGUCUUCCAGCUCAGGCACACACUACUCAGGCACAAGCCAUACUUCUUCCCAGAGGACACAUGGCUCUAGGUCAGGACAGUCUUGUGGUUCAGGUGAAUAUGGUUCUACAUCAGGACAGUCUUCUGGCUCCACAGGACAAGGAUGUGGACAAGGUCAAUACUCUGGUUCUGGACAUUAUGGUACUUCAUCAGGACAGUCAUCAGGCUUGAACUCAGGUCACUCCACUUCCCAUGGCACACAAGGAUCAGGAUCAAGCCAGGCAUCUAAGCAAAGGAGAAGCAGUUCUAGCUCUAGUGAGUCUUUUGGCUCCCAGCAACAUGGAUCUGGCUCAGGAGGGUCUUCUGGAUGUAGUCAACAUGGAUCUGGGCAAGGUCAGUCUUCUAGUAGUAGGGAACAUGGUUCUUUGUCUGGACAGUCAUCAGGGAGUGGCCCGCAUGCCUCUCGUUAUGGUCAGUCUUCCAGCUCAGGCACACACUACUCAGGCACAAGCCAUACUUCUACCCAGAGGACACAUGGCUCUAGGUCAGGACAGUCUUGUGGUUCAGGUGAAUAUGGUUCUGCAUCAGGACAGUCUUCUGGCUCCACAGGACAAGGGUAUGAACAAGGUCACUACUCUGGUUCUGGACAUUAUGGUGCUUCAUCCGGACAGUCAUCAGGCUUGAGCUCAGGUCACUCCACUUCCCAUGGCACACAAGGAUCAGGAUCAAGCCAGGUAUCUAAGCAAAGGAGAAGCAGUUCUAGCUCUAGUGAGUCUUUUGGCUCCCAGCAACAUGGAUCUGGCUCAGGAGCAUCUUCUGGAUGUAGUCAACGUGGAUCUUGGAAAGGUCAGUCUUCUAGUAGUAGGGAACAUGGUUCUUUGUCUGGACAGUCAUCAGGGAGUGGCCCGCAUGCCUCUCGUUAUGGUCAGUCUUCCAGCUCAGGCACACACUAUUCAGGCACAAGCCAUACUUCUACCCAGAGGACACAUGGCUCUAGGUCAGGACAUUCUUGUGGUUCAGGUGAAUAUGGUUCUACAUCAGGACAGUCUUCUGGCUCCACAGGACAAGGGUAUGGACAAGGUCAAUACUCUGGCUCUGGACAUUAUGGUACUUCAUCAGGACAGUCAUCAGGCUUGAACUCAGGUCACUCCACUUCCCAUGGCACACAAGGAUCAGGAUCAAGCCAGGCAUCUAAGCAAAGGAGAAGCAGUUCUAGCUCUAGUGAGUCUUUUGGCUCCCGGCAACAUGGAUCUGGCUCAGGAGGAUCUUCUGGAUGUAGUCAACAUGGAUCUGGGCAAGGUCAGUCUUCUAGUAGUAGGGAACAUGGUUCUUUGUCUGGACAGUCAUCAGGGAGUGGCCCGCAUGCCUCUCGUUAUGGUCAGUCUUCCAGCUCAGGCACACACUACUCAGGCACAAGCCAUACUUCUACCCAGAGGACACAUGGCUCUAGGUCUGGACAGUCUUGUGGUUCAGGUGAAUAUGGUUCUACAUCAGGACAGUCUUCUGGCUCCACAGGACAAGGGUGUGGACAAGGUCACUACUCUGAUUCUGGACAUUAUGGUACUUCAUCAGGACAGUCAUCAGGCUUGAACUCAGGUCACUCCACUUCCCAUGGCACACAAGGAUCAGGAUCAAGCCAGGCAUCUAACCAAAGGAGAAGCAGUUCUAGCUCUAGUGAGUCUUUUGGCUCCCAGCAACAUGGAUCUGGCUCAGGAGGGUCUUCUGGAUGUAGUCAACAUGGAUCUGGGCAAGGUCAGUCUUCUAGUAGUAGGGAACAUGGUUCUUUGUCUGGACAGUCAUCAGGCAGUGGCCCGCAUGCCUCUCGUUAUGGUCAGUCUUCCAGCUCAGGCACACACUACUCAGGCACAAGCCAUACUUCUUCCCAGAGGACACAUGGCUCUAGGUCAGGACAGUCUUGUGGUUCAGGUGAAUAUGGUUCUGCAUCAGGACAGUCUUCUGGCUCCACAGGACAAGGGUAUGGACAAGGUCACUACUCUGGUUCUGGACAUUAUGGUGCUUCAUCCGGACAGUCAUCAGGCUUGAACUCAGGUCACUCCACUUCCCAUGGCACACAAGGAUCAGGAUCAAGCCAGGCAUCUAAGCAAAGGAGAAGCAGUUCUAGCUCUAGUGAGUCUUUUGGCUCCCAGCAACAUGGAUCUGGCUCAGGAGCAUCUUCUGGAUGUAGUCAACGUGGAUCUUGGAAAGGUCAGUCUUCUAGUAGUAGGGAACAUGGUUCUUUGUCUGGACAGUCAUCAGGGAGUGGCCCGCAUGCCUCUCGUUAUGGUCAGUCUUCCAGCUCAGGCACACACUAUUCAGGCACAAGCCAUACUUCUACCCAGAGGACACAUGGCUCUAGGUCAGGACAGUCUUGUGGUUCAGGUGAAUAUGGUUCUACAUCCGGACAGUCUUCUGGCUCCACAGGACAAGGGUGUGGACAAGGUCCCUACUCUGGUUCUGGACAUUAUGGUACUUCAUCAGGACAGUCAUCAGGCUUGAACUCAGGUCACUCCACUUCCCAUGGCACACAAGGAUCAGGAUCAAGCCAGGCAUCUAAGCAAAGGAGAAGCAGUUCUAGCUCAAGUGAGUCUUUUGGCUCCCAGCAACAUGGGUCUGGCUCAGGAGGGUCUUCUGGAUGUUGUGUACAUGGUUCUGGACGUGGUCACUCCUCUGGUUCUUCACAAUAUGGUGCUUCAUCAGGACAGUCAUCAGGCUUGAACUCAGGUCACUCUACUUCCCAUGGCACACAAGGAUCAGGAUCAAGCCAGGCAUCUAAGCAAAGGAGAAGCAGUUCUAGCUCUAGUGAGUCUUUUGGCUCCCAGCAACAUGGGUCUGGCUCAGGAGGGUCUUCUGGAUGUAGUCAAAGUGGAUCUAGGCAAGGUCAGUCUUCUUGUAGUAGAGAACAUGGUUCUUUCUCUAGACAGUCAUCAGUCUGUAGUCAGCAUGGAUCUGGUACUGGUCAGUUAUCUAGCAGAGGCCAAAAUUGUUCGUCAUCCAGACAAUUACCAUUUUCUGGGCCAUCUCAAUGUAGCUCAGGUCAAUCCUCUAACUGUGAUCACCAUGGUUCUACUUCUUGGCAGUCUUCCUCCUAUGACCAGCAACGGCCUGGAUCAUAUCAGCCAUCCUCCUGUAGUCAUCAUGCAUCUACCUCUGGAGGGUCUUCCAACUCUGGCCAAUGUGGUUCUAGCUCAACAGGAUGUUCUGGAUUUGGUAACCAGGUAUCUAGCUCAGGUCAUUCUACUUACAGCCAACAGGGAUCCAAUAUAAACCAAUCCUCUGGCUAUGGACAAUAUAGUCCAAUAUCAGAACAGUCAUACUGUGGUAGUCAGUGUGGAUCUAAUUCAAACCAGUCUUCCUGUUGUGGUCAACAAGAGUCUGGUUCAAGUCAGUCUUCUUACUAUGGCCAACAUGAAUGUCCCUCAAGUCAUUAUUCUAGCCACAGUCAACAUAGGGCUGGAUGUAGCCAGAGUUUUAGCUCUGAACAAUAUGGGUCUGGUUCAUAUCCCUCUUCUAUCUCUAGACAAAAUUGUCCCAGAUCUGGUCUAUGUCCUAGUUCACCAAAAUAUGGGUCUGAUUCAUGUCAUUCAUUUAGUUCUGGAUCAUGUGGUUCUGGAUAUGGUCAAUAUUCUAGUUAUGAUCAGCCUCAAUUAAAUGGGAGAUGUGGAAACAAUUGGCAAUCUGGCUGUAGCCCCUCAAUUUGUAAUGAAAAUCAAUCAAUAAGUGUAUAUAGGAAAGUAGAAACCUCCUCAGGCUGUGACUUUGGACAUUUUACACCUUCACAUGCACAUAGUAGAUCCAAUACUUCUGGUCAAUUUUCACUUUGCAAUGUGGAUAAUAGACAAGGUGACUCUGACUAUCGGAGAAUCAGGGAAGGUAACUCUGGAAUGAGAAAUAGAGGCUUGGAUUCUCACAGUUUCAGUAGUAGCACUCCACUCUAUGAGUAUGUACAAGAGCAGAGACGCUAAUUCUCAAAGUGAGUAAGGAACUGAGGUAAAAUUAACUUAAAUGUUAAUUUAAGAAAUGAAAAAUUGUUGUAGAACUCAUCAUGCAAUUUCUUUCUCAAUAUGGACAUGUCUGCUCUCAUUCUUUUCUUUUAAAAUGAAAAUUAGCCUAUAUUCCUUGUUAUUGAGUUCCUCUCAAAUAAUGUAUGAUUUUUGGCAUACUUAUGAUCUAUCGCAAUAGAAAAAUACUUGGUUUUAGGAAAAUUAAGUGUUGAAGAUUAACUUAUAGAGUUUGGGUUUAGUUGGAUUAAGUUUAGAAGAAUAAUUUAAAGAGUUUGGGGUUUUGUUAAGGUAUCUGUCUAAAAGAUUAUUAUUUAGCUUGGGAUGAUGCUAAAGCUAAGCUUGUAGUUUUAAAGGGCAAUAUAUUAGUAAUCUAUUAUCAUUCCAGUUGUCAAAGCUUCAUCUUACAUCAACAUACAGUCCAAAUUUUAAUGUAUAUUAUGUUAGAUGGCAAGAGAUUGAGGGGGAAAAGGUAUAAAGUAUUGGUUUCUAUUUUUACUAAAAUCACCAAGAUACUUCUUCGGUACAUUUUAAAUCAGUAAGUAAACAAGUGGCAUUAAAAUUUUCUUCAGAUGCUUCUCCCUAGCCACUGGAAAAGAGGUACAUGACCAAAGGAUCCAUAUGUGGGCCUUUACUUUAUUUCAUCAAGAAAGAUCUUUGUUUUCAUUUGUAAGAAACUGUUUCAGAUUAGAAAAUGUUAGGCAUAUUAUACAUGGAAAUAUAAGUAGCUUACUGGUCCUCCUAUGCAGAGAUAUCAUCAAUAACCCAAUUGAAAGGAAGCUUGCCAUUGUUACAUAGUUCUUUUGACUGUAAUGGAUUUGUUUCUAAUCUUUCAAUUCAAAUAACUGGAUUGCAUUAAUAUUGACAAUAAAAUAGUAGUGAUUAAAUACUGAGAUUUGUCUUUCCUCUGCUUCACAUCACUUCUUUCACACAAGUGGUCAAAGAAAUCAAUGCAAGUAGCUAUUUCCCAAAGUCCCAUAAUCUACAGUCAAUCCAGAUAGAAAAUUUUAAAGUCUCCCAGCACUCUUUCCCUCCAUCCUCUCCCUAC